AUGGCAACCUUUAACACUGAAAGUAGUAACCUCGAUAUCAAGGAGGAUACUCAACAAUGCAAUGAUGUCGAAGGAGCUGACAAUAUUUCUCGUUCGGCGAUAAGUAGUAACAACACGGUUGUUAAUGGAGAGAAUACAAGAGAUAUUCCCAAGCGGAAAAGACUAAAAAUGAUUGGUGAAAACAAUAAGCACAAUAAAGAAUCCACAACUACAAAACGCAAAGUUACUAUCCGAAAGAUAGUGGCAGCCAUCAUUGUUGGGAUUACUCUACUGAUUAUUGCAAUAAGUUUACCCGUUACGAUUAUGAACAAUAGUCCGUCAACAACGGAGGAAACAACGACUUUUGAUACUGGUUUAUGUGAUAUUAUAGCCAACGACACAUGUUACUGGUUUGAGAUUCAUGACCUACACAAUGUCCCAUACAAAGCAGCGGAGGAAAUUUGUUUCAAUAAAACUUUGGUUCCCGCCCACUUUGAAACCGAAAGCAUUUACAAUGCGGUGGUGGAAAAGAUGAGAAUGAAAUACAACAAAAUUGACGUCGAUUUUUGGACGGGGAUAAUUGUCAAUACUAAGACGGGGGCUAUCACUUCACAAGACUCUUUCAUAAAGUGGGGUCCAGGAACACCCAUAUUAGGAGGAACGUCGAAUCUACCGAAUGUUUUUCUUUACGUGUACUAUAACCCCGAUGUCGUAGGAAUGGUAAAUAUGACACCUGAUAUUAAUUUAGAUGGUGUUAUUUGUCAACGCCAACAAGCUGGUACGUAA